UAAACUUUAUUUGACCUUUUGUGGGUGGUGAGGCACGCAGCUGUGGGAAUAUGGAAGAGAAAAUUUGGAAUUUAUGGAUUUAUUGGCUGAUUUAUGUAACUUUAUAUCAUUGGGUGUCUCAGAGUUAGCAGCUUGAGGGUAGUAAUUGGUUUCAUAAUUUAUGGUCUUCAGAGAAUUUGAUAAAGAUUGUCCAAGGUUCAGCGAUGAGUUGAGAGUCAGAUUCUUUGAUUGAGAAUCAGAAAUCGCUCAGCUGUUGUCAGACACCAUGGGCAAAGAGAGUCUGUUUAAGAGCUUCUGCAACAAAUACAGGAGGAUUGCAUUCUCAGACGUUCAUUCUAAGGUUUGUCAGCUUGGAUUUUAAAAUUGAAUGACAAAGCAUGUAGCAAUGAGGUAAAAGAUGAGAAGAUUUGUUUGUCUGCCCUCCCUCUGCCUUCUCCCACUUUUAAUCCUUUCCUUUUUUUUUCAUUGAAAUGAAAUUUGCUCUGUAUUUAUUUUAAAUGCUGUUAUGCUUCGAUAUAGUGCAGUUUUCUUUUUUUGGUAAUUGAAAUCACACUGGGAGAGAGUUGAAUUGUAUUCUAUUUAAUGUGUAGACGGCUAAAAGACUAAACAUGUAUUAUCAGGGGUGAUAAACCAAGUGAAGGAGCUAAUUCAGACCUGCUAGUUCUAAGAUCUGACCAGUCCUCUGAACACUUAUUAACAACUUACAUAAACUCACAAUGGACACACAAGCUCUCCACAUAUAGGUGUCACUCUAGGAGUGGCCUUUUCAUAGAAGUGUAUCUUUAACACAGAUUAAAAAGUGCUGUAGUGUACUCGUCACCUGAUUUAGUGCAGCUACUAUGUAACAAUAUGACAGGUUUCUGGAAAGAGGUGAGAGUUUGUAGUAACUGCAGGAUAUCGCUCCAAAAUACAGUCGAAGGGAUUUCUGGAACAAAUAACAUUGUUGCAUAAUGACAGAAGCAUUAUAGCACCUUAUUUAAUUGUUUUCCUAGUGAGCUGUAGAAGGUGGAUAAUACUGGAAGCACUGACUUCAUGGUCAUUAGGGCACAUACUAUACCUGACCUACCAGGUAAUAAAGCAUUUUUGUCAAGCGUCAUAAAUAUGCCAGUGUUAGGCUGACUUCUCUGUUUUCAAAAAGGUUACCCAAAUACAUCGUGACGGUUGUGGCUUAUUCUCAGGCCAACCAGCGGCUUCGAGUAAAGUCAGGAGACAGCGUUUCAGCUUUAUUAGCGGCGAACAAUGGAGUUGGACAAGGAGAGAUUUAGUCUCCAGCUCUUUUAAAUCUUUAUGUUGAUGUAUGUCAAAGAAGUUGAGGACAGGCGUUUAGCAUUGCAGAUAAUAAGGAAAAAGAUCUGGGACAUGUUAUUACAGAUUAAAUGGCAGCUGAUGAUUAUGUUUAUAGGCAAUGCCAGAUUACACAUGCAUGAAAUGUGUGUAAAGAUACUGCGAAGAUCUCUCUAAUUACAGCAUAUUGUUUACCUCUGUAAACGGCACAUGGAGAACUACAGGAAAGCACGCUUCAACUUCAGGUAGCUCAUAAUGACACUCUGAGGUUAUUAUUGAAGAAACCGAGGUGGCUCGGUGCAAGUGAGAUGUUUGUAACGGCUGGAGUCAGUACAAUUGAAGCUUUAUUUAGAAGUCUCAUGUGUAAGUUUAUUUAGAGGCUCAACACCUCUGAGAAUGAGAAUGUGGGCUCAAUGGAUAUGAGGUUUGAAACCACAUACGUUAUCCGUCUUUGUUGAUGAGACACAGAUGUAGUUGGCUGUUUGUGGGAGGGCGAUUUGGGGUGUAUUUUGUUUGUUUUUAAUUUUGUUUCUUGUGUUUUUAUGAGUUUUUUCGUCUCCACGGGCCAAGUUUCCGGAAUAAAGACCGAUUGAUAUACAUUGAAAUCUGGGGUCUCCCUCGGGAUGGUGUGUUCAGCGUCUCAUCUAAGUUUAACAGUAAUGCAUCCUCAACGGAGGAGAGCGACAUGGGUCACCAGUCCACCCUUACAGGAACUAAACCGUCCUCUUCGUCUGCUACCCUCAUCGCCAGAGAGCAGCUGGUCGUCCCAAAAGGAAAAAACACUUCUCCUGGAGAAGGAUCGUCGCAUCCAGAACUGGAUUCCGAUACUAAGGAGAGACCAGAAGCGGAAGUAGAUCAAGACCCUUUGAAUCCACUCGCUGCUCAGCCUCAGUCCCCAUCACCAGAAGCAGAAUACGACAAACUACUGGAUGUGGAGGCAGUACCGAUGCCUGAUGGGCAGCUCUGCUUAUUGGCUCUGCCACCAGAGUGCUGUGAGGGGGAGGGACCAGAGCCCAUGCCAUAUCUCAAACUGAUCUGCCGCUACAUCACUGAUCGUAAGGGUUGUGUUUCAGGCAUCCUGCUGGUGACUUCUAAUAAAAUCUUCUUUGAUCCGUGUAAGACACAUCCUCUGGUGAAGGAGCAUGGCUGCGAGGAGUACCUUCUGUCAUACUCUGUUGACAAUCUGGCAUCUGUCUCCUUCUUCUCUGAUAUCUCACAUGUUCACUUCAACACCUCUCAGCAGAGGAGAAGAGGGAAAAAACUUUUCCAGAAGCUGAAAAUGGCCAAAAAACAAGGUCAGUUGAAUCACAAGGGGGAGUCGUGCCCACCUCUGGUGUCUGCUGCUCCAGCUGAUUUAUCCAGACUGGCUCUGAGCCCGACCAAGGAGGUUUCUGAAGAUGAGGAGGCAGAGAGCAAGGACAUGGCUGAAGUUGAACAGGAGCUGGAUAGCAGCCCUCUGGAGGUGCUGACUGAAGCAUCGGUCGGCAGCCUGGGUGUCCUGAGCAGUGCUGCCACCUUCUGCUGUGGAAGUCAAGAGGUGGCGAGCAAAGUGAACAUGGACCAACUGCAAUCUGAAGAAAUGGAGAAGACCUCUGUAAAAAAUCAAACUGCAGCACCUAAGAGGUCAUCAGCGAGCAGUCCUGGGGGUCUGAUGUUUGUGAGGCUGCGGGUUCAGCCAUCGGCAGGAAAGAAAAAGGGUGUCGGAGGUCUUCACCUCGGACCAGCCAAAGCCUUACCUAAAAGGGAUACCUGGCUUGCACUGUCACAGGAAAGCUCCGACGAGCUGUACGCCUACUUAAAACACUGCCGACCAGACUUGUGUAUGCUUGAGGGAGGAAAGGAGGACGGGGAGGGAGACCGUGAUGAUGAGGAAUUCGUACUCAUUGAAGACGAGGAGGAGGAGGAGGAAGAGGAGGAUGAGGACAAGCUGCUUCAGAGACACUCAGGGGACGAUUGGGAAAUGGUGUUGAUGGAGGAGAGUAGAGACAAGCCGCUCUUGGUCGUUGAUAGAGACCCCGAAGGACUCAGUAAUAUUGUUGAGAACAGCCAGAUUUUGGAGGCUUCACACGUCAGAGAGCUGUGUAAGGAGCUUCCUCCCAGGACUGUUGGCUACACAUGGCAGCUGGCUUACAGCACGUCGCGUCACGGCGCCAGCCUCAAGUCUCUUUACAGAAAACUCAGCGGCACGGACUCGCCUGUUAUUAUUGUCAUCAAGGAUGCGCUCGAUGAGAUAUUUGGGGCCUUCCUCUCUCACCCUUUGAGGCCUAGUGAGAUGUUUUACGGUACAGGAGAAACGUUUCUCUUCAUGUUGCAUCCUCGCUUCAAGUGUUUCAAGUGGACUGGAGAGAAUUCCUUUUUUAUUAAGGGAGACUUGGAUUGCUUUGCUAUUGGUGGAGGCAGUGGUCACUUCGGUCUGUGGGUGGAUGAGAACCUAUACCUGGGCCGUAGCAGUCCCUGCUACACUUUUAAUAACUGCUGCCUUUCAGAAACCGAUGACUUCCGAGUCAUGGAGCUAGAAGUGUGGAAAUUCAGCUGAGGAGAUUGGACGACGUUUCAGCUUGUUUCACGUCGUCGCUGCUGAUCGGCUUUAAUCGAGACAGAAUUAUCACUGAGCGGAAACAUGCAGCAGCUCCUUCAUUUCAUGGUAACAUCCAUAAACGAAAACAAUCAACCUUAAACUUCUGGAUUAAUCCAUGUGAUUAAGUGCUGUGGAUUUUAACAAAGUGAACUGAAAUAAAGCUGAUCCGUAACAGCCUACUGUCAGAGUGGGCUCUGAGGGUGGACUGCUUAGUGGCUGACUCAUUCCUGUGGGUUUGGCAGACAAACUAAGUUGUGCUACAGUGAACUGUAGAGCUGAACUGGAUUCUUUGAAUCCUAAUUUUUGGAUGGACUACGUUACAAAUGGAGUGAGUUACAAAUCUCAGACUGCACUUUGCUGUUAAUAUAAAUCGGUAACAUCACAAUAUCCCAUUAUUUAUUGUGUAAACGUCUCCCUUCAUAGUUAAAGCAUGUCCCCACUUCAAUGCUUUCUGAACUGCAUGUGUACAGCCCAAACUCUCGCAAACACUUCCCUUCCUUAACCACUAAUCAUCACUUUAAUGGCUUUUCGUUCAUCGGUGACGCAGACGGCUAAAAUGAACGCCGAACACUUGGAGCUCCGCUUUUAGAAAGCCUUCUGAAUAGAAGAUCAUCUGUACUUCUGACUUUAACAGCCUCAUUUGUCACUAUUCACCACUGUAGUUUCUGAACGUGCAAAAAUCAAUACUUCAGAUUCAUGUAAUUAUGUCAUUCGGCUGUAUUUUACUCUGAUAGACCAAUCUACUCUAACUACACUCUACAGUACUGUAGAUGCGUUAAUAAAAAUCAGCACAAUGUGAAUUUAAA